CAUCAACCCCUGCUCAACAAAUUAAGCUGCAGCUAUGUCAUGUUCGGAGAAUUCUGCAUCAAGAUCGUUUUCAGUGAGGGCUUUAAUCUGCUCCAGCCAGGCUCAGCCUUACUGUCCAGGGGGCUAUUUGUCCUCUAGACCGGACCAGGGCUACGGGGCACAGAGUUGUCAUCGUAAACACGACGAGAUGAACCACCAGCAAGGUCUAGGUCUGGUUCCACAUCAGUACGUUCCAGGUAUGACAGGGUGGGCAACACCAUCUCCAUCUGGCCAUGCAAGCCGACUUCAGCAGUUAAACACUUACUCCUUCUCGUCUAACGUGAAGGAAGAAGCCAACUAUUGUUUACUAGACGGGAAUAAACAUCCGAAGACGGCCAUGGAGGUCUCGGUGUACCCGAGGGUGGUUUCCGAAAUGUGCACAAGUGAUAGUGGCAGGGUCCCUGUUCCCAUCUAUUUCCGUUCAGAACCGAACUACACAUCAAACAAACCCACGGAUUACAACCAGCCGCAGCCAGCCGCUGCUCCGUGCUCGAUUCCAUCCAGCAUUCCCUUCACUUCUUCCUUCGCCACGUCGUCCUCCUCAAAACCAGGUGAAAAGGCCAUAAAAGUGAGCAGCUCAAGCGACCCUGGCCGCAGAGACCCGGGAAAACCCACAGAGGGAAGAGAAAGUGACUUUGUACAAGAUAGACCCACUUUAGAGUUUCCUGGCGCGGAUCGGGCCCUUUCCGAGAAAGAAACAAAAGAAAGCGCGAAGGCUGAGAAUACGAUAAACUGGAUGACGGCAAAGGGAGGAAGGAAGAAACGUUGUCCGUACACCAAGCACCAGACACUGGAGCUGGAAAAGGAGUUCCUCUUUAACAUGUAUUUGACUCGAGAGCGCCGCCUGGAGAUUAGUCGGAGUGUGAAUCUUACCGACAGACAGGUCAAAAUCUGGUUUCAAAAUAGAAGAAUGAAGCUGAAAAAAAUGAGCAGAGAGCAUAGAAUUCGAGAAAUAUCAACUACUUUCCCAAUUUGAUAAAGACGUGGUGCUUUUAAUUAAAGAAGAGACGAUGGACGAUCACGUUAAGGAGAUCCGA